AUUCCGGGCAGCGUUAUAGUUCCGGGCGAGGGGAGAAAGGGAGAAGGAGGGGGCGGGAUGGCGGCCGAGCUGCCCAGCGAAGCCCGGGAGCGGCUGAGCCUGUGGGAGAGGCCCCUGAGGCCCCUGGCGCCCCUGACCGAGCGGCAGCAGGAGUCGGUGCUGGAGCUGAGGGAAGCGCUGCCUUGCCUGCCCGCCCCGGCUGAGCUUCCUAUUGAAGAUUUCAGCAGUCUUGGUCAACAAUCAUUAACCGUAACAUUGACAGCAACAGUGCCAGAAUCCACAGAGGACAUCCUCUUGAAAGGGUUUUCCAUGUUGCGUAUGGAAAAUGAAAGAAUCGAAACAGCACAGCAGUUCUUCUCAUGGUUUGAUCAACUCCAUACGCAGAUGGAUCAAGAUGAAGGGGCUAAAUACAGGCAGACAAGAGCUUACUUGUCUGGGUUUGAAGAGCAAUGCGAUGCUAUCUUGAGUGAUGUCAACAGUGCUCUUGAGCACCUGGAGUCGUUACAGAAGCAAUAUCUCUUUGUUUCCACCAAGACAGGGACGCUGCAUGAAGCCUGUGAACAGCUACUGAAAGAGCAGUCAGAGCUUGUGGACCUGGCAGAAAAUAUCCAGCAGAAACUGUCAUAUUUUAAUGAACUGGAAAAUAUUAAUACGAAACUGAAUUCCCCUGCAUUGUCAGUAAACAGUGAUGGUUUCAUCCCUAUGCUGGCUAAACUUGAUGAUUGUAUUGCAUAUAUUUCAUCGCAUCCAAACUUUAGGGAUUAUCCUGUGUAUUUUGCAAAGUCCAAACAAUGUCUUUCAAGAGCUAUGCACCUCAUGAAAACAUACACUGUGAAUACACUACAAAACCUCACAAACCAGUUCAUUAAAAGGGACCCUUCAGGUGUACCAAAUUCAGAUAAUGCCUUCACGUUAUUUUAUGUGAAGUUCAGAGCUGCUGCACCCAAAGUCAGAACACUUAUUGAGCAGAUAGAGCAGCGGUCUGAGAAGAUGCCAGAGUACCGGCAACUGCUAAACGAAAUCCAUCAGUGCUACCUUGAUCAGAGGGAGCUCUUACUAGGGCCUAGUAUUACUAGCACUGUGACAGAAUUAACUAACCGAAACAGCAGAGAUCAUUGUGCUCUGGUACGAAGUGGCUGUGCUUUUAUGGUCCACGUGUGCCAGGAUGAACACCAGCUGUUUGAUGAGUUCUUCACAAAACCAACACCCAAACUGGAUGAACUUUUGGAGAAGUUAUGCCUGUCAUUAUAUGAUGUCUUGCGGCCACUGAUCAUCCAUGUAAUUCACCUAGAAACUUUGUCUGAGCUCUGUGGGAUUCUCAAAAAUGAAAUGCUUGAAGAUCACGUGCAAAACAACGUGGAACAGCUGGCUGCAUUUGCUGCUGGAGUUAGGCAGAUGUUGGAGGAUGUUCAAGAGCGUCUGGUCUACAGAACGCAUAUCUACAUUCAGACUGACAUUAUAGGCUACAAACCGGCCCCGGGUGAUCUUGCCUAUCCUGCUAAGUUGGAAAUGAUGGCGCAAAUUGCCCAAAGUCUAAAAGAUGAAGAGAGAAAGUUGCCUGCAGAUCCUUCUUUUUCAGAUAUGAAGCUGGAAGAUUCAGAGAACUACAGUGUGGUAAAAAAUGAUCCAUUGGAAUCCUGCCAUCCUAGACUUCAUGCUACAAUUUCACCCGCAGAUCUGCAUGGGAUGUGGUACCCUACUGUGAGAAGGACGCUUGUGUGCCUCUCCAAGCUUUACAGAUGCAUUGAUAGGGCAGUCUUCCAAGGAUUAUCGCAGGAGGCCUUAUCUGCCUGCAUACAGUCUUUGCUAACAGCUGCAGAUUCCAUUUCUAAAAACAAGACCCAGGUUGACGGACAGCUUUUCUUAAUCAAACAUCUUUUGAUUCUUCGUGAACAAAUUGCUCCUUUCCACACUGAAUUCACCAUUAAGGAAAUUUCCCUGGACCUUAAGAAAACUAGAGAUGCUGCCUUUAAAAUCCUGAACCCUAUGACCGUUCCACAUUUCUUUAGGCUUAGUAGCCACAAUGCGCUGAUACAGUUCCUGCUGGAGGGCACUCCCGAAAUCAGAGAGCACUAUAUUGACUCUAAGAAGGAUGUCGAUCGGCACUUGAAGUUUGCCUGUGAGCAGUUUAUUCAGCAGCAAACCAAGCAGUUUGUGGAGCCUCUGGAGGAAUUCCUGGCGAAGGUUUCUGCUCUGAAGGCAAUGGCUACGCAAGGCGGUCCUAAAUACAGCCUUUUGCAGCAACCUUGGGCUCAACCAGCAAAGAUUGCCGACUUGGUGUCUUCGACAUACAGGACCAUCAAAACGAAACUGCCCUCGACAUUGCAGAGCAUGUCGCUGUAUUUAUCCAACAAAGACACAGAGUUCAUCUUGUUCAAGCCUGUUAGGAACAAUAUUCAGCAAGUGUUCCAGAAGCUGCAUGCUCUACUAAAAGAAGAAUUUAGCAAAGAAGAUCUCCAGAUUGUAGCCUGCCCUUCAAUGGAACAGGUAAAUCUCCUAUUGUCAACAGCAAAGUAGUCCCUCUUUGAGAAGCCUCUUCAAAUUGUCUCAGGCAGUGAAAUGGACAUUUAUCUGAAGUGGACUCGGGGUGUGCCAUCCUACCUGCUUUUAGCAUCAUCCAUCCAAAGGUCAGGUGAACAAGAGGAUGAACACCAGUAUGUUAUAACUUUUUUAAAAAAAUAAAGCAGAAAUACUGCUUUAUUCAGAACAAUGGUCAGCUUUUUUUGUUUGUUAGUAUCUACCUACCUUGACCAAAAACAUGUUGGGGUUAAAUUCUAUUUGCUCCCUUACCCAAUUUUGUUAACGUGUGUUUGUUUCUUUCCAAGGGAUGUGCUGAAAAUAAAUUGGAGAAGGCAGGGACCCACGAAUCUCUUUAAUAGAAGGCAUAAGUGUAUGUACAAACCUUCCCACACUAUCUCAAUAAUACCCUCCAAAUUGCACAUUCACAAGUCAUCACGGCACCGCAGUCAGUGAGUGGUGAAGAGAGUAUUUGUGGAAUAGUUUUCAUUUGCCCUCCGGCAAUAAGUCUCAUUUGAAGCUGUUCAGCUGUAUAUCAAAUGGUUUAGCUGCACGUGCAAAUGAAGCACAUUGUGAAAAUUUCUCCAGUAUUUGACCGGUGUACUGACACUCACCAAUUCUUAAUAACUCUAAAAAGAAACCCAAUUUGCUGCAGUAAAAUUGUGUGCAUAGGAUUUGCAGAGAAAGCUAUGCAAUUGAGGAAUUUCCAUAGAGAAUUGCCUUCUAAGUUUGAAUUACUGAUACGUGAAAUAAUCCAUUUUAUAAAAAUGAAGCUCCAUUAGAACUUCUGGUUUUUUUUUAAAAAAAGCAGCAACUAAAAACCUUAAUUGGAGUGGAGAUGGAGAGGAGUUCUAGCUUGCCUGUGCCGCCUUGCUUGUGGCAACUUUAUCUCAUGCUUUUUAGUUUACAUUAAACCAGAGUUUCCUGACCUGCCACCCUCCCUGUCUCUAGCCAGCUGGAGGGUCACAGAGUCCCUUUUCCCCUGCUUUAAACAUUUCUCUUUUCAAGAUGCCCUGGAUGCCAAAAUGACUGUAAAUUCAGGAGGCUAGCAUGAACAAGGAACAAAAGGAGGCAGCACUAGUUAUGGAGAGAAGGAACUAAAACUUAAGUUCCAACAAACAUAUAUGACAUUAAGGUAAUUCCCAAAAAAUACUUUGAGGGGAAAGCCAUCUUCGUGGUUGGGGUGGAAUUAAUAAGAAAGCUUUUAUAGUCACGAGUUCAAAUUUGUAGAAAGAAAUAAAACUCCCAUUACCGCUUUGCUUUUAUUCAUAAAUUGGUGGUUGGGGGGGCGGGUCUGCAUAUUAGUGGUGUGUUUUUAAAGUAGCUUCAAGCUGUUUGCCUGCCCCCCCCCAUUUGACAAGGCAAUUGGCACCCGUUGAAAGCUGUUACUGCAAAGCAGAUUUUUUGUAAAAUGACGUCCUGUGGGCUUCGUAUCAUGCUUUUCAAGUAAAUUAUGGCAUGAUUGCUUUAUACGAAGUUAUAAUGUAUUUUAAUCAAAUUUCCCAAGCGUUCAAAUCGGUUGACCAAAUCCGUUUGUUUCUAAAGCAGAAUGCUUUCAUCCCACCCACUCUGUGUCACCCUGUUCUAGCAAACUUGUAUAAAGCUACAGCUUCAGAUAUUUACGUAUAAAAAUAGUGUACAUAAUUUAAAACGUUCUCAAAGAUUCUUUAUAUUAUUUGACUAAUGUUCCUCUUUGUUUCCCCCCCCUUUUAAAUAAAAGUUCUGCUUUUCUUACUUCGA